CUCGAAAUACAAAUUACAAUGAAGUAAAUAUAUUUAUUCCUGCAGCAGGUGUUUUAUAAUUCUCAAAAGGGUUCAAGCUAGCAGCGACCACUAUCUUUCAUAAUGGCCACAGAGGACUUUGAAAGUUUUGAGCUUAAAGACGCCGGAGAAUCCGCGCCAUUCAUCCCUUCAAGUGAUUCCGAAUAUGUGGAGCUAAAGAAAGAUGGCUCGGAUUUACAGAUGGAUGUCGGGCCCCUUGCUUGGACCCAAUGUGCCGCCAGCUUCUGUCUUUCCAUGGGAACUUGGGGUGUAGGGAAUUCAUAUGGUCCAAACUCCAUCCUAUACAUAAAAAUAAGACUCACAUGAAGCUGAUGAAAUAACCAGGGGUUUUCCAGACAUACUAUGUCAAGACAUUCCCGGAACUCUCUCCUUCGACCAUCUCAUGGAUCGGGUCCAUUCAAUUAUCUGUUGAAAUCCUUCUAGGUACCAUCGUAGGACCGUUAUACGAUUAUGGAUACUUACGGAGUCUCGUUUUCGUUGGCUGUUUCUUGUCGGUGCUGGGGAUGAUACUCACCAGUUUUUCGACGCAAUACUGGCAGUUGGUCUUCUCACAGGGCGUGCUGGUUGGAAUUGGAAAUGGCUGUUUGUUCAUCCCAAGCUUUACCGUCCUGCCAAACUAUUUUGAAAAGAAACGAGCUUUAGCUAUAGGUAUUGCGCAGUCCGGGAGUGCAUUAGGUAUCCCUCACUUGUCGCGUACAGUACACCUCAAGACUUGCUAACCAGGUCCAGGAGGGGUAUUCUCCCCAAUGCUAUUCCGUGCCCUAGAGCCCAGAAUUGGUUUCCGCUGGACAGUCCAGAUCUUCGCACUUAUAAUGUUCACGAUCUUCAUCCUCCCAGUAUUGGGUUUGCGCAUGAGAUUCCGACCAUCAGAGGCAAGGAAAUUGCUCGAUUUGAAGGCUUGGACGGAACUACCUUUUUUUCUGACAGGACUCUGCUUCUUCAUUUUAUUCCUUGGUGUGGACAUCCCGGCUUUUUAUAUCCAGCUUUACGGGAUCAGGAAGCACAUACUCAGCGAUCAUUUCGCAUCUUAUCUUUUACCUCUUCUGAAUACCGGCUCACUAUUUGGAAGAAUCGUAAGUUUGACUCACAACCACUCCAUCCGAUUACUCCUAAUAUAACCAGAUACCCUCCUACAUCGCAGACCAAGCCGGUGUCUUCAACAUCACAGCUAUCUGCAUCUUGCUAUCUGGCAUUCUCGGCUUCGCAUGGAUCGGCGUGGGCAGCAUAUACAGUCUCUUCCUUUUUGCGGUCGUUUUCGGUUUCUUUUCUGGUGCAAUAUCAAGUUUAUCGCUGAAUCUUACGGUGGCGUUAUCGCCGGAUCCGGGGCUCUUGGGUGUAAGGUUGGGUAUGUUGUUGAUUCCUUCUGCUAUGGGACUUCUGUUGGGGAAUCCGAUUGCGGGCGCGUUGGAUGAGUCGGGGAAGUGGGUACGGUUGCAGUUGUUUACUGGUGGGGUUCUUGUUGUUGCUGCUGGUCUUGUUGUUAUUGUUAGAGUGCUUUUGUAUGGGAAGAGUUGGGAGAAGAAAUGCUGAGAGUCUGUUUUGAGAACAAAAUGAUACCUAGGAAAGAUAGAAAUAGAAAGGUACAAAUGA